AUGCAUUCAAUUCUUCGAGCCAGAUGCACCGGACAGGUAGCUAAGCUGCAGUGCCGACGAUACGCCACUCCCUCCCUUAAAACUCCAAGACAUCUUCUCUCGAUCGCAGACCUUACCCCGGCCGAGUUCACGGCUCUAGUCCGCAAUGGAUCCUCCCACAAACAGGCUAUCAAGUCAGGCUCCGUCCCCGAUUCACUCGUCGGUGCAUUGUCGGGUCAGACGGUUGCAAUGAUGUUCAACAAGCGAAGCACGCGAACCAGAAUUUCUACCGAAGGAGCGGUGACACGGAUGGGCGGCCAUCCGAUGUUUCUCGGAAAGGAUGAUAUCCAAUUAGGAGUCAAUGAGUCGCUCUACGAUACCUCCGUCGUCCUCUCGUCCAUGGUAUCAUGCAUCGUCGCCCGUGUUGGGCCACACUCGGAUGUCGCAAACCUCGCCAAGCACUCAACUGUCCCUGUGAUAAAUGCGCUGUGCGACACUUUCCACCCACUGCAAACCAUCGCUGACUUUAUUACAUUACAAGAAAACUUUGCGCCUCAGGCGACGUUAAGCCAGCCUGCGUCGUCCUCUCUAGGGUUGGAAGGGUUGAAGAUUGCCUGGGUUGGGGAUGCGAACAAUGUACUGUUCGAUCUUGCCAUCGGGGCAACUAAGAUGGGAGUAGAUAUCGCCGUUGCCACUCCAAGAGGGUAUGAGAUGCCCUCCAGCAUCGUCGACCUAGUCAAUAGUGCCCGCAAUGGCGUCAAGAGCCCCGGCACCCUAACGCAAACCUACUCCCCUGAAGAGGCGGUCAAGAAGGCUGAUGUGAUCGUGACCGAUACCUGGAUCUCGAUGGGCCAAGAGCAGGAGAAGCUACAGCGGUUGAACUCGUUCAAAGGGUUCCAGGUCACUAGUGAGCUUGCGAAGCGUGGAGGGGCAAAUGAGAACUGGCGUUUCAUGCACUGUUUGCCACGGCAUCCUGAGGAAGUCAGUGACGAAGUGUUCUAUGGCGAGAGAUCCCUUGUGUUCCCAGAGGCUGAGAAUCGUCUCUGGGCGGCGAUAUCGGCUAUUCAAGCGUUCGUCGUGCAGAAAGGGCAAAUCGUCUAA